AUGUUGCUGCCAGUGUUCAUCGUACUAGUUGGUGUUGUCGACGCUAAGGGUGCAGAUUCCAAAGGUCCAUUCUCUGUAAAAGCCGAAAUUGCCGCCUGGUCUGGCUGGAGCAAGUUUACACUAUGUACAGCAUCUUGCGGCGGUGGUGUUCAGAUUCGCCGCAGAGAAUGCGUUCUGUUUCCGGUUCGGCAGGAGGUGACUGACAUCCUGUCGAAGUGCACCGGAAGUGACAUCGACAUCAGACCUUGCAAUGUUCACACAUGCGUUGUUCAGGGUGGUUGGACGGAAUGGUCCAUUUUCACGCCCUGCUGUGGCGGCAAGACUGUGCGUCACCGCACGUGCACCAACCCAGCACCAAUCAAUGCCCCGGCGUGCUCGGGAAACGCCAUUGACGUCAUGGAAUGCCCCAAGUACGUUUGGGACGGUUGUGGAUGUCCGCGCAGUUGCCUGAACAUGCGCAGUUACGUUGCCGAGGAAAGGAUACAUGGUGCGGAAGUUCGUACACUCGGAGAUGACACAAAACAGUUGCAUAUACAGAAAUCAAAGAAACUUGGGAUACAAGACCUCUUACAUGACUAUUACUCGAAGUAG